AUGGUUUCAGGUGAACAUGUGCUGGCAGCACGUCCGCCCGUCGGGAUGCAAACCGCUGCAAGCGCUCUUUCUGGCGUGAGUCCAGUCGCGCACCGAAUGCCGCCUCCCGCAGGUGAGCUUUAUCAUUGUGCUUUGUCAUAUUUUGCUUCUAUGAGAUUUUUCGAAAAUUCGUUGAAAAACAUGUUUUUCUCCAUGCUUUUUGUGAGGUAAAGCCACCGUGUUCUCCAAUUCUUUCCUUUUCUCUUUUUACCUCAAUUGAGUUUAGAAAGACCUUUUACCAACCUCAAUCGGUUUUGAAAAAAUUUAUUGGAAAGCAGAAGGAGUCUUUGCUCUCAGUUUAGUUCAUUCUGGUGCUUUUUUAUUGAAUGGAAUACAAAUUCGCUCAUUUUCAUUUCUGUCGUAUUUCGGAAAAGAUUACAGCACAGGGCAGAAAAAAAAAGUUUUAAGUUUUUUUUUACAAUAAGUUGAAGCUUUCUUUCCUUUUGUCAAUCUUUAAGAGAAUUUUUGAAUCGUAAGUCCGGAAAAUGCCAAAAAAAUCUAUGAUGGUUCUGCUUGAAAACUCGUUAGUCCAAUUUCCAAUAACUUCAGAAAACUCCAAUAUAGACGCGAAUAUUUCAUUUGAUAACCGCCAUUAUUAUUUCUGCACGCUGCGGCUGAAGUUUGACCUCCAGACUCUUCUAAUUAUCCUGUUGAUGUCGCACAGCACAAUCAGCAAUUAUAAUUGAAAUCCUGGGAAAAAUGACCCCAUAUGAGCAAAUCGUGAGACUUUGGCUGAUAAAGGUAGCAGUUGUACAAAUGAGAAAAAGAUUAAUCAUUUAGUAGUAGCUCAGACAGCCGGCUCAUUAGAGAUAAUGGCAAACGUGACAAUGGACGCGCAAAUUUUUCUAAUUCCCUCAUAUUUUCAAAUGAUUAAAAACCGCCUUUCACCCUUUAAGAAACGAUUGCAAUGUUUUUUUUUUUCGAAUCUCUCUCUUUCUGUAUUUUUCCUGAACUAUAUUUGGAAAAUGCUGAUCUUUUCAGACACGUUCACGCGAGAAGAUAAUGAGAGCCCACCGACUGUUCCGUCCCAGAGUAAAACUAAAAUUUACCGUGAGUCAAGUUUUGCUUCGAAGGAUGACAUGUGUGAAAAUAGUCAGGCAUCAUUUUGAGCUUUUUUCGUAUUAUCUCAGCUUACAAGGUGUUGAUGCAGAUUAAUCUGAGCAGAGGGACAUUAAAACGUUCAGAAGUAGCAAAAAACUAGACUGUAGUAGAUCUUCAACUUUUCACAAAGAAACGCGUUUUUUUUAUAUUUUAUGGUGACUAUCUUCGUUUUAAUUAAUGUUUAGAUAAGAUAUUCAAUUAGAAGAAAAUUUAGAUUUUUGGAAUUGUGAUUUUCCAAUUAUUCAAUAUGCCUUUUUAUUAUCUUUUAGACGGCUGUUCUUUCACACAUUACCAAAAAACUUUAGGAUUAGAAAAAUGCAAUAUGCAAACCUCAUAAAAACUACUUUGCUGAAAAAAAACUAAUUCAUAAAAGUGCAAAGAAACAAUUAUAGUUGAUUAGAAGCUUGCGCUUAAUGGAGGUCAAAGAAAUCUCAGAAAAAAAACCACUUUUCAGCUAUCCCCAGCGAUGAAGAGCAGCUGAAGGUUUAUGGACGAAAACUGAACCCGUUGGAACGAGCUCGUCUGAAGUAUGGCAUUCCCGUCAAAUCCAACACCAAACCAACGGUGGACAAGGGUCCGAUCACGGCGGCGGCGGCUCCAGCCAAAAUCGUAGACCUUUUCAUGUGGUAUCGGGUGGAUAAGAAUCUCGAUCCAAACAAGGUUUUCAUUUUUUUUUGGGAAGGAAAACAAUAUUUGGCGUUGAUAGGUACCCACGAACUCGGACCUCAUCAGAAUGAAAAGCGAUUACGACUUCGACAUCAAGGCUUGCGAGUCGCUCAUCAAGAAGCUCAAGGACAGAAAACAAGAUCUUCAACUACUUUUGGACCUUAUCGAGACUAAAGGAGAAGCGUCGCAAUCUUGUAUCACCAUUCCAAGAACGCUCGAUGGGCGACUUCAGGUAGGUCCUACUCUUUCAAAUGACAAUUUUUUUCUUCAACAAUUCAAUCAUUUUAGGUGGCUGGCAGAAAAGGGUUUCCGCAUGUGGUCUAUGGAAAACUGUGGCGCUAUCCGGACUUGCACAAAAACGAGUUGAAACAUGUCGAACAUUGUCGGAAUGCCUUUGAACUCAAAUCUGACACCGUCAGUUUUUUUCUUAUCUUUUAUUAAUAAUUUGCAAAACUCGAAAAAGAAAGAAUUAGAAAAAAAAGUGUCUGAGAAAAAUCAGAAGCAGAACUCAACCUUUCAAGUCACUUUACACUGUCACUCAUCAAAACUUUUUACGAGAGAAAUUUGAAAAAAUUUCAGUUUUAGAUGUGUUUUUUUCAGGUCUGUAUCAAUCCGUAUCAUUACAACUACGUCGCAGGGACUUUGGUGGUGGGAGAAAGAAACGCCGAAGAAAAUCCAGUCGGCCGACCGAGGUAAACCUUUCAGAACUUUUUUAAUAAAAUUGCGAGAAAUUUUUGAAAAAUUAGAAAAAUUCACAAGAAUUUUUUUGCAGAGAAAGUGUGGGUCGCCCAAGAGAAGUGACCAGUCAAAUUUCGCCUCAAGUCCUACUGCUGCCUAGUCCGAACAAUCACCAGCUCGGCUUGGCUCAAGGUCAACAACCAGUUCUUCGAGGUCAAACAUCCGUGCAGACGCAGCCAGGACAGUUCACUCAACCCACCAAACUGCUGCAUCAAAUUCAAGCCAAUCCAAACACGGUUCCUUUGCAAGCACCUCCGAUGGCUCAAAUGCAGAUGAAUGCUGCUCAGAACGCUCCGAUGACGACGCGAGUCCAUCCGACCCAUCAGCCUCUACCUCCCAGCUAUCCUCAUCAACCGAUGAUGUCCAGCGAGCAGAUGCAGAUGGUGCAAUUCUCACGCCAAAUGUCUCAUCCAAUGCAGAACCCGAUGCCAUACAGCGGGACUCAUCCCAUGCAAAGUAAAAUGCUGACGUCGCCGAUGACUCUUCCGAGCUCGAUUCAACAUUCCGCUGGACACUCGCAAAAUCAGAUGCAGCAAGCCGCUUUACCACCGACAAACAUGAGACAACCUGGACCUAUUCCCUUGCAGCAAUCAGUUGGAAAUCCGUCAAACUCGUUGCAGCCCACAUCUAGGCCUCUGCGAAAUCCCAUGCAGCCACCUAACCUACCUGUACCUCCGCAGAACUAUACUUCAUUGCCGAUGUUGCGCCAGCAAAGUCAUCCUGCUGAACUGCAGAAUUUUGCGGAAAAAUCGGAUGAUCGCAGGAUGUAUGCUGGACAGGCCGGUACUCAACCGCAAGCGAUGCAUCCUGGCCAUUCUGCGGAAGUUCGAAUGCGACACGCUUCUCAACCGGAAAGAAUGCCUCCAGGACAUUUGCCAAACGGACUACACCAGCAAAUGUACGAGAAUCAAAAUUUUUACCACACCAUGAAUCAAGAUCCAAGAAUGAUGAAUUUUCAUCAAACCCAGCACAUGCAGCAAUAUCCAACUAACAUGGCACACUAUCAGCAAGCGCAUCCACACUACGAUCAUCAUCCAAACAGUUAUCCUGAAUCCCAGCAGCAGCAAGAGCAAAACGCUUUUCAUCAGAAUCCUCAAGCAUUUGACGCUCGACACAAUGUCAUCCCGCCGCAACACCCUGGAGGCUUCCCAAUGAACUACGGAAGCCAAAACAACCAUCCCGCAAGGAUCGACAACCCUUCGACAGAAAGUUUUGAUCUCGAUCUGCCAGCAGAGCUUGACCACAUGCUUUCGAACGACUAUGGUGCAAUGCCUUCUCAGUAUCAAAAUGCUUCUUUUAAGCAAGGUCAUUACAAUUCACCAUCGGCUCAACAGCAUUUUUCAAGAAAUGUCCAACAACCUAAUAAUGCAGCUCCUUUUCCUUACGCUGAUUUCGCCCAGAUGAACAUAUCCAAUGAACGCGAACUGACUUCGAACUCUCCUUUUCGCGAGGCCCAAAUAGAAAAAGCACCACCUGACAAAGAGAAAAUUCCUUUUGAACCUCCUCCUUUACACGACGAAAGUGGACGAGAGUCAAAAAACACUGAAAACAGCGGGUAUGUCGAAGAUAUGGAAGUUGAUCAGAGCGACGACGUCAACAUCGGGCAGAAACCUCGCUCACUUCGCGAUAAGUUUGAUCAGGAAGAAGAAAAAAAGAAAACUUGGAGACAAAAGUUCCGACCAGUCUCUCCGCAUAGAAUCAUUUUCGAUGAAUUCAUCGCGCUUAAAAAUGCUGAGCUUGAUGCCGCCGAAGUUGGAGGAGAAAAACGGAAGCGCAGAAGAUACACCAUCACAAGCUGCUACCGCGUUUACCAUCACGAGGACUGUAAGUUCAAAGACGAGCCCAGAGAGUGCUACUAUCGUGACUUCGUAGCUGAGUUUCAACGUCCAAAAAGAUUCGAUGAUACGUCUUCCGAGCCCGGCGAUCCAAAAGCUCCCUUGCGAUCUCGCUCUGCCACUGCUCGGGUCAAAUGUUUGGUGAAAGUUUACGAUCCAGACAUUGAAAUAAUCAAUCCUUUCGACGAUAUUCCAAAAAAUCCGUUGUAUAUACCAUCUACUGAAUACAACGAUAGCGACUUCAAAAGGACCAAGAGACCCAAACCCAAAGUUUUCGUAAAAGGAACGCAGCGAGAACCUGACUCCAGUGAGCUCGAAAGCGACAUUGAGAUGCUCGACGAAGAAGAAAAGGCGAGAAUACUGAAACUGAGGAAAGAAAAACAAGAGAAAAAAGAAUUGGAAAAAGAAAAAUGGGAGCUUCGAAGAUGGGAGUCGCGCAGGAGGAAAGAAAGGAUUCUGUGGGACAAAGACUUUGCAGAACAACAAGAAAUCCGAAGGAAGAAAAAAGAGGCAGAAGUAAUUGAACUCUUGCUGAGAGAACGACCUUUGAUGGAAAGAGCUCUGGAGACGAGAUUUUUUCGCGGCUAUGUCUUGGACCUCGCCAUGUUGUGGAAAAUGGUUGUUCGAAAAAGAGAAAGAGAGCGUAUGGCUGAGGCCAUUGAGCUAGACCAGCUGGCUCAAUCGAAAAAGACACCCGAGGAAUUAGCUCAGGAAAUGCUUCAAUCGACUAGUGCAGACAUGCGUUUUAAUCGCAAAUUUCCUUUUGACGAGUUUGAACGCGUUGAUGACCACAAAUUCAAACUGAAUACGACGCACGUGAUGCCAGCAAAAGAUGUUGUACACAAUGUUACUCUUCUUCGAUAUCCGUUUUACGACAUCCCCAUUCCGUUGGAAGUUGAAGAGCAAGAAAGGUCGAAGAAGGAACAGGAAGAAAAGGAAGAGCGGAUCAGACAAGGUCUUGAAGUCGACGAAAAAAUGCUGGAGGAAGAGUUGCUCAAACCGACUCCGCCUCUUCCAUUUCCUAUGACCGAGGAACAAAAGAAGAGAUUCACGGAGAUCUACUACAGAGAUCCCUACACUCUUGGAGAAUACCGGAAACAACAAAAAAAUGAACCGGUUAUCGAAAAGCCGAAAAUCAGUGCUGCAGACCUAGUUCCUCCAGGAGGACCGUGGCGAGGCAAGGAAAGCGAGUACAAAAGUUCAAAAGAGCGUCCGGGGUCCAAUGAUCCAGUCAUGCCGUACUCGAUGCCCCCACUCAACCCGAAAGAUGCUUCGCUCGGUCAACUCAUCGACCCUUUGCUUUUUUGCAAGCCUGCUCCAGCAUUUGUUCUACAGAAGAUGUAUCAAGAGCAAUACGCGCAGAAAAAGUUUGAACCAGGUUAUUCGAUUUCACUCAAGACUUGGUCAAUAAUAUUAAGUUUUCAGUUCUGCCAGAACCUUUUCCGAAACUUGAGCCUGGCCUCCCAUACAUCUCUCAACACGAAUUCCGCGUUCGAACAAAAUAUGUAUGGUUUCAAAUUGAUCAAAAUUCAAAAAUCUUUCAUUUUCAGUCGUUGGGACCAAGAAUCAUGAAGAAAGAACCGAAACCGUUUGAGGUCACAAAAAAUAUUUCUUCAAUGUUUGUUGAGGUUAGUAUUGAUCUCUUAGAAACUUGAAUCAAGUGAAAAAUAUCAUUUUUAGCACAAAAUCGAGCCUGUUCUGGGAGUCCAAGAAACUCGUCGAACUGUCGUACCCGGCAUCAAGCUUGAAGCUCCAUUUCCAAUAGAAGCACCAUAUGGAAAACUUGGUAAAUGAUGAGAAUAAUAGUCAAAGAUAACUCUAUCAAAUUCAGAAAAUGUGACAAAACUGGAAGAAAAUGUGCUUUUUACUGGAACUGAAGAGCCAGAAAAAACAAAUGGUGAGAAUAAACUGGAAUCGGGGAUAAUUGUCUGUUUUUCAGGGGAGCAAAUUUGGGGAACCGUGGUCUACUAUGAAGAAGACACUUAUAUUGGCGAGCGAAUAGUGAGUAAAAAUGAUGACAGCAUAUUUUAUUCAAAUUCUUUUUAAGAUAGAGAGAAACGAUUUUUACAUCGACAGUGGAUUUCUAGUUACUAAAAAUAGAUACUGCAUCGGAUUGGAGCCGAAUCCAUGUCGUUCGAGUGACGCUUACCGAGUGAGGUGCGCUAGAAAUCGUUUUGCGUUAUUUGAUGGAAAAUCUUCCAGAGCAAGCUGCAUUCAUGGAAUUCGACUGGGAAACAAGCCGAAUGGUGACGUGUGGCUUCAAAACAACAUGAGAUUUCCGGUCUUCACAACUUCCGGGUUUCUCGAUAGCAUGAGCGGUCAACCGAUGCCGGACAGAGUGCACAAAAUCUAUCCUUACGCUCGAUUAAAGGUGAACUUUCAAAAUGAAAAAUGAUUAACUGAUUAGAUAAAAUGUCAGCUUGCAAAAAUUUAUCUCUGGUAAUUUGCAGGUUUUCGACAUGGAGUUCUGCAAACAAAUCAUAAGAGAUCAACUUUGUUCAAUUCAAUACGCAAGAAACUUUCUCAAAGGAAUACCCACCCCGAUGGAUGCUGAGUACAGUAUGCGGACACAACAAUCAAUUGUCAAAGUAUGAACUUUUCCUUAGCUGCUCACUAAACCCCCGGGGCCACCCGACUAGCGGAGAGGUCACUUAAAAAAACAAAUUCUAUUAACUUUUCAGGCUUUUUGUCACCCAUCCAAUUUUUAAGUGAUUUUGAAUUUUUUUAAAUCUGGUCGCCUUGUUGGCAACUCCAAUUUAUUAUAAUGAAAGCUACUCCCCAAUAAAAUAAUCUUUCAGGAAGCCAAAAAGGGCAGCGACAACUUACAACGUUAUUGCUGCAUCCGUUUCUCAUUCAGCAAAGGAUUUGGAGCAGAUUAUCCAUUGAGGCCUUCGAUUGAACUUUGUCCAGUCUGGAUGGAAAUCAAAGUCAAUGGGUUUGUGCUCAAAAAACAUCAAAAUUUCGAACUUUAUGAAUACAGAGCCUACGACUACAUGGAUGGAAUUAUGCAGGAGCUGAUGAGCCAGUAUGGAUGCAUCAAGCCUGAGGAUUGUGCUGUUCUCGGUGUCGACAUUUCGGAUGAUUGAACUUUCCCAACGUGUAAAUAUCCAUUUCCAAAACGUGCAUAUCUUGGCCAGAUUCUAUUAUGUACCAAUUUCACAACCUACAUUUUGUUCUUUUCAAAAUCGGGUGCUCAUUUCGUUUUUCUUGUUCAUUAUAUCGGUUGAAAGUGAUUCGAAAGUUAUAGAAUAAUUGUUUCCGUUUGGAUUCGUGAAUUGCUUUGCGAUAGUUCUAAUUAGCCCGAAAUUGUUCAAGUUUUCACGGUAUUUCAACGCAAAACCUUGAAUCAUUGCGUGAUUUUUGAGAUUUUAGUUGCUUCUGCACUUCUAGUUGCGGUUAGAUGUGUGUAUUUCCUCAAUCGGAAGCCAAAGUUUCUUCAAUGAGUGCCACAUUCUUUUUGUGGUUUAUCUGUCAGUGUCAUUCGAAAUCUGACCUCUGUUCAUCAACCAUUUCUCCGUAUCUUUGCCAAGUUCUUCUCGAAAAUUCCGUGUAUUUCUCAUUUCAGGCCAUUUUUCUCAUUAAAAUCAAAAAUCAAGUUUGUUUUUUCACCUUUUCUUUUUAAUAUUUUUACUGUUGUUAUGCGAUACGAGGUUGGAGCCUAUCUAACUUGUUUCUAUCGUAAUUUGUUAUUGUACAAAGCGUCAGAGAUCUCCAUAUUGAUUUAAUGAAUCUUUUUUUCGUGCAGCGGAGAUUUCGAAGCCGGACUUAUAAAAAAAGAAAAAUUAUUUCAUUUUUGCAAUUUCAUUGAAAGUCAUUCAAAACUUAUUUUUUUGAUCUAUUGAAUGAUUAUUCUCAAAAAGCGUGUUCAGAAAAAGUUCGCUAAACCUUUUCUGAUUUUUAAAAAUGCGGAAUUGCUUUCCUGGUAAGGACGUAACGUUUUUAGAAAAGAAAGUUGAUGGGCGGAACGGUUCUCUGCAAGUCAAGUGUACAAAAAAAGAGACAGCAGUAAGAUUAGUUUUUUUCAGAGCGUUCGAAGAAUCUUUGUGUGGCUCGGAUGUGUAAGUGGUUGUGAGUUUCGCGUUGGCCGAACCUCUCGAAGAGAACAAACAGGACUCAUCAUGGAUUCGCACAUCGCUGCUCAUUCACUCUCCGACUCCUGAAACCAUCAUGGCUGGCUUCAACAUCGAGCAGUACGAGAUCACGGUCACCGUGGAUGAAGAAGACGCCGAAGCGGAUCCAGGAGUCGAAGAGGCGGAGUCAAGAGAAGAGGAAGAAGAAGAAGAAGUCGAAAAGGUUGAGCUGCCUGAUUCCACAGCCGCUGGUGAAACGAGCACUUCUUCCCUAGUCAAGGUUCCUCUGAGACCUGUGAACCAUCCUCCGAAAAGGUCUAUCGCCAAAGAAGGCGAGCUCUUCAGUCGUUGGCUCUUCUAUCAUCUUUAUCAUCAUCGCAAUCUUCAACCCGAGAAAAUUGCUUUGGUUUGUGAUUUUUCCUUUUUUUCAUUUUUAAUAGUUUGUUGAAUAUUCUCAUUUUUUUUAGAUAAGCCAUUGGGCCAAAAUUAUUAUUUUUUUGGAAAAAAGGCGGCAACUUUUACUGUUUUUUAUAAUAUCGAUUUCGACUGGUUUCAAAAUUGAAAAAAAUUUUGGACAAGUGAUAUUUUCGUUUUUUUUUUCAAGCCCGACUCAGAAGUUUCAAGUUUUCAGAAAAGGAUCUAUAGUAAAUGAAUCAUAUAGAGAAAGUUUUGAUGUGAAAAGUUUACUUAUUAUCUCAGGCCAUCAUUUUUAUAAUUUUUUCAUUAUCCCACGGAAUUUUGUUCUUCUAAGUAUAAAAUUUUUCAGCAUGGGUUUUUUGCAGAUAGAAGAAGUGACAGAGGCGCGAUGUGUGACCUACGGCGAGCUGGUCGAUGGAGCAAUCAAAACUGCCAACUUCAUGUCACACCAUGGCAUUAAGAAUGGAGAUCGAAUUGCCAUGUGCAUGGAAAACAGCGUCGAAUAUGUAUUUUAUCAGUUAGGAGCCUAUUUAAUUGGCGCUAUUCCUGUUCUUCUGAAUCCCGGCCACGUUGGUACGGUUUUUCAGCUAUUUAAAAGUUCUUGGAAGAAAUGAAAUAUGAUGAAAAAUUAUUAACGAUUUGCCUUUUGUUUUGUUUUUUGAUAGUGGGAAGGAGCGAAAAAUUGAUAAAAAAAAAUUUCCAGCAAUAUUUAGUUUUUUUCAAAAAAAUACAAAGAACCAGUUAGAAAUUUAAACGCUGGUUUAUUUUUUGUAUUUUUCGUUAGCAGGUAGUGAAUUCGUGCUUGGCUUGAGAGCCUGUAACCCCAGAAUCUUCUUUUGUAGAAUUUUUGAUCGUUUUUCUUUUUUUGAUAAAUUCAAAAAAAGAAAAUCAUUUUUUUAUCAUAUUAACACCCGGCAACAAUUCACCAACAGAUGCGAUUUACAGCUUCUGACAAACUUGACAACAUCGAUUGCACAGCGGCUGUUGUUGAUUUCGAUCAUUAUGGAAACAUACUUCGCUCUGCUGUUUUUGUUCGGAAAUCUACAGGUUUCAAUUCAAAAAAAAAUUUUUUUGAGUAGAUUUCGGAAGACAUAUAGAUUAUUCCCACUUUCGGAUCUAUAAGCUUGAUGAGAUUCUUGAGAGAAAGUUUAUGACUUUGAAUGAAACAUGAAAGUUUUGCAAAAUUUUCUAAACUUUUUGAGAUUUGGGCUGUGUAAGAAAAAUAUAUUUUUAGUUUCUUUCAUUUUUUAUUUUUUCAGCAUGUGUUUGUCAUGGCUGA